GACACAUUUAAAAUACAACAGGAAUAGCAAUUUUCUGUUGUGCGAUCAAAUAAGUUUCAUUUUUUAAUGAUAAAAUGUGCAAGUCAAUCAAGCGUAGCGAUUUUUUGUGCUGUAUGUGAAUUUCUUUUCUAAUUUUUUUUGAAAAAAUUUUUCUUUUCAGGUUCAAUACCACGUUGAAGGUUAGUGAGACUUGUGAAAUUGCUACUGAUGUUCUUAAACAUUUUGGACUACUAGGAUUGAGAGAAAGUGAGGUAUAGGAAAGUGGGCUUAUUUCGAGAGUGUUAAUGAGCUAAGUACCGCUACAUAAAUUUGAAGGUGAAGCAUGAGUGAUUUGAAGUUCCCAAAACGUUACUUGAUUGUUAUUUUAACCUUUAUCAGCACUUGUGUUUGCUAUAUUGAACGGGUGGGUUUCUCUAUUGCGUAUACUGUUGCGGCUGAUGCUGCUGGUGUAAACCAAUCAAGUAAAGGCACUAUACUUUCGACAUUCUAUUAUGGUUAUGCCUGCUCCCAGGUGCCUGGAGGAUGGGCAGCGCAGAAAAUAGGGGGAAGGAAGGUUCUUCUCCUCUCAUUUGUUUUAUGGUCAUCAACUUGCUUUUUGGUCCCACUUGAUCCUAAUCGAGUUGUAAUCUUGGUAGUUGCACGCUUGCUUGUUGGUGUUGCACAAGGGUUCAUCUUCCCUUCCAUUCAUACUGUUCUGGCACAAUGGGUUCCACCUCAUGAAAGGUCCAGAUCUGUAUCUCUUACAACUUCUGGGAUGUACCUAGGAGCAGCUAUGGGAAUGCUUCUCCUGCCAACUUUAGUGAAAUACAAAGGCCCCCAAUCUGUAUUUCUUACUGAAGCAGCAUUAGGUGUUUUGUGGUCUUUGCUAUGGUUCAAAUAUGCAAGUGAUCCUCCUCGCUCUGAGCAUCCGAAAGCAGCUGCUGCAGGGUUUGGAGAAUCUUUGCUGCCAAUUAAAGUCAGUCAAAAGAUAAAAGUGGAGAAUGGAGGCAGUACUAUUAAAACCGCCAAAAUUCCAUGGAAGAGAAUUUUGGUUAAUUUACCGAUUUGGGCAAUUGUGGUAAAUAAUUUCACAUUCCAUUAUGCAUUGUAUGUGCUGAUGAACUGGCUACCAACUUAUUUUGAACAGGGCCUCCAGCUCAGUCUUCAAGAAAUGGGUUCUUCUAAGAUGAUGCCUUAUCUGAACAUGUUUAUAUUCUCAAAUAUUGGUGGGAUAGUUGCUGAUCACUUGAUCACAAAGAGAAUCCUGUCUGUGACCAGAACCCGAAAGUUCUUAAACACUAUAGGAUUUUUCAUUGCUUCUCUUGCAUUAAUGGCUCUUCCCAUUUUCAGAACUUCUAAUGGGGCAGUUUUCUGUUCUUCUGUGGCACUUGGGUUUUUGGCACUUGGGAGGGCUGGGUUUGCAGUGAAUCACAUGGAUAUUGCUCCAAGAUAUGCAGGAAUAGUCAUGGGAGUUUCUAAUACUGCUGGUACUUUAGCUGGCAUUGUUGGAGUUGAUCUUACUGGCAGACUGCUUGAAGCUUCUAAAAUUUCUUAUUCAGAUCUUUCAAGUCCAGAAAGUUGGAGACCUGUGUUUGUCAUACCAGGGUUGCUAUGCAUUUUUAGUUCUUUCAUGUUUUUGCUAUUCUCAACUGGAGAAAGGGUAUUUGAUUAGGCAUAUUUUUUUCACAUUGUAAUCUUUUGCAGAAUAUUGUUACCAUUCAUCUUGAAUAAUAAAUUUGAAAUAGUUGCCAUGGAA